AUGGAGCCGAACGGCAACGAGCCUGCAGCAACAGCAGCAGCUGCAGCAGCAGCAGCAGCUGCUGCUGCUGCUCCAGCUGCGCCUACUGCUGCUGUCCCGGCUUCUGCUUUUCUGCUACAGCGACAGCCCGUCCUGUCAGCUGCAGCGCAGCAGGCAGCAGCAGCAGCUGCUGCUGCCGCCGCAGCAGCUGCCGCUGCUGCACCUCCUCCAGCGGGUCAAGAGUUUUGCGUGCAGCAAGGGCAGCAGCAGCUGCCUAGACAGCAGCAGCAAACUGAUAAUGAAUCGCAGCAACAGCAGCAGCAGCACGAUCUACUGCUCCACAUGCAUACGCGCUUGCAGCAGCAGCAACAACAGCAGCAACAGCAGCAACAGCAGGGGGGGAUGCAGGAGCGCGACAGCACCCGUACAGACGAGCUGCUGCAGCAGCAACAGUUGAAGCAGCAGCUGCUGCAGCAGCAGUUAAUUAAACAGCAGCAGCUGCUGCAGCUACGCCAGCAGCAGCUCCUGCAGCAGCAACUCCCGAAUCAGCAACUCUUGCAGCAGCAGCUCCCGCAGCAGCAGUUGCUGCAGCAAGCACUGGAGCACCAACAGCAGCAGCAGCAGCUACUGCAGCAGUUGAAAGAGCAGCAGCAAACGAGGCAGCAUCAAGCAAAUGCCGACGCACACAGUCAGCAGCAGUUGCUGCUGCGUUUGCAGCGGCAGCUGCUGCUGCAGACGCAGCAGCAGCAGCAACAGCAGAAGCAGCAGCAGCAGGCGCAGCAGCAGCUGCUGCCGCCGCAACAACAGCAGCCAGAACACCGCAGUACGACCUUCCCCCUAACACUUGAGCAGCAGCAGCUCGCUCAGCAGAUGCAGCUGCAGCAGCAGAUGCAACUGCAGCAGCAGCUGCAGCAGCAGCUACAGCAGCAGCUGCAGCAGCAGCUGCAGAAACAGCUGCAGGAGCAACUUCAGCAACAGGGUGCGCAGCAGACGCUUGCAGCGUCACAGCAGAAGCAACAGCAGCAGCAGCCAGAGCAGCAGCAGUCGCAACUCCAGCAGCAGCAUGAGCAGCUUCAGCAGCAGCCGAUGCAGCAAGACGAACAACAUUUGCAGCAGCAGCAGCACAAGGAGCAGCAGGAGGCGCCGCUGCAGCACGUGCUGCAGCAGCGGGUGCUGCAGCAGCGACAGGAGCAGCAAGAGCAGCCGCAACUGCUGCAGCAGGAGCAACAGAAGCAGCACCAGCAGGGAGAGCAGUCUUUGCAGCAGAAGCUACAGCAACAGUUGCUGCUGCAACAACAGCAGCAGCAGCUACUUACGCUGAGUUCAAGCCCACUUGUACAGGCGGGGCAGCAGCAGCAGCAGCAGCAAGAGCAACAGCCGUUGGAAUGCCUUCAAACAGCCACCGCCCCAGCAGCAGGAGCAGCAUCUUUGUCUGCAGCAGCAGCAGCAGUAGCAGCAGCUGCUGCUGCUGCUUCGGAGAGAGGAGCAGCAGCUUCGUCGUUGCCAGCCGCUUUGGUGCACACAAAAGAAGAAGUAACGGCCGCAGACUCUGCAGGCGCGCCUGCAGCAGCAGCUGCAGCGGCAGCAGCAACAGCAGCACCAGCAGCAGAAGCCACAACAAUAGCAGCAACAGCAGCAGCAGCACCUGCUGGCACCCCCCCGUUAUCUGUUCGCAUGGAGGAGGACAGCGGCGAGACGGCGAGCGGGUUGUGCGGUGUCGGUGCAGCAGCAGCAGCAGCCAGCAGCAGCAGCAGCAGCAACAGCAGCAGCAGCAGCAGCAGCAGCAGUUUGCAGUGGGCUAAGUAUGGUGAGAAUCAUGCAGCAGAGGCUGCAGUGCCUCUCUCUUAUCUAUGGCCGUCCGCAGACGGUAUUUUGUGCGGCUAUGCUGCAGAUUUUCUUCUUUAUAACAAAACAGCAGAGCGCCUUCUUCCCCCAGAUGCACUCGAGGAACAGGAGGAACCUGGUGAAGUUGUGCUGUAUGCAAAACUCGUGAACGUCGCCCUCGUGCACUCACCGCAGGCGUUGAUUGCAUGCGGCCACCCGGUUGCUGCUGAGGUGUACCCGCAGCUCUUCGCCCGCAGCAACAAACAGCAGCAGCAGCAGCAGCACCCCAGAGGCCGCAAGGCACUCAAAUCCCAGCAGCAGCAGCAACAGCAGCAGCUCGCAGACGGCAGCUCCAUUGCUUGCUACGGACAGCCCGUAACUGGACUGCAGCAGCAGCAGCAGCAGCAGCAGGGAUCGUUAGGCGCAGCAGAGGACGGCAGUUCGUGUGCAUUUGCUACUGAGGCCCAAACAGAGAAGGCAGCAGCAGCAGCAGCAGCUGCUGCUGCUGCUGCUGCUACGCUGCCUACUUGUCCUGUUAAGCUGGCGAAGAGUUUGAAGGCGUUUUCUGUGCGGAUUGACCUGCGCGAUUGGCGUAUAAGCUACGGGUGCAGCCCCGACAGCAUCCCAGCUCUGUGGUGCAGCAGCACCUCCGGCCGCUGCUACCGCCUAGAGAGACCAGCAGGGCGUUAUGUGUCUCUGUUCGCUUCUUUUAAGAAGCGUUUUGAAGUUGCAGCGCGCGUAGUGCCGCAGCUGUACGUACACCCUAACUCCACCUUCGAGGAGCUCUGCACGCUCCUAACUGCAGCAGAAACCGCCAAACAGAGGGUCCAGCAGCAACAGGAGCAGCAGCAGCAGCAGGAGCAGCAGCAGCAGGAGCAGCAGCAGCACAACGGACUGCAGCAACAGACAGAUCCUACCAUAUCUGCCUCGGCAGACGCUCUCACAGAGACAGAAUCUAGCAGCAACCUCAGAGAACCUGCUGCUGCAGCAGCAGCACCGGCAGCAAAUGGUGGCGCAGCAGCAACUGCAACUUCGUCGCAGCAAGAUGACGACAUGCCAGAAAGCCCCCAACAGCAGGAACAGCAGCAGCAACAGCAGCAGCUUCAGCAGCAGCAUCUGUUGCCACAGGUGAUGCAGCAGGAGCAGCCAACGUCUCCAGCAAGAAGCAGCGGUGGUCGAGGGGGGAGCCGCAACGGUUCGCGCGGCAGUCGGCAGCAGCAGCAGCAGGAGCAGCAGGACCCCACUUUGCUCUCUCAGCAGCAGCAGCAGCAGCAGGAUCCGAAUCUGGUGUUUGCACAGGCGAAGCUGAUAUCAGCGCUGCCUACACGAAAGGGCCGGGGGCUGCAGCUGCUGUCGCUUGCAGAUCCUGAAGGCACAGGGGUGCUGCUGCUAGCAGAUGGCAGCACGAGCCCUCGCUGCUGCUGGGGUGCAGCGUUUGCUGUUGCUGGAUGUACAGAGGAAUAUAUUGUCUCCAUCGCUCGCUUCCUUCUUACUCAGAUUGCUGCAUUCGAAGCAACUCUCAACAGCAGCAGCAGCAGCAGCAGCAGCAGCAGCUUGCUUCAUGGCCCCUUCUGCCAAACCCUUAUCAAAAAAGCGGCAGCAGCAAAUGUGUACAUCCCGCCGCUUGAGUUUUUGCUCGCUCCAGAGCCAGCAGCAUUUCAGGAGGAUGUGGGGCGCAGGCAGCAAGACCAGCAGCAGCAGCAACUGCUGCUUCUGCAGCAGCAGCAGCAGCAAACCCAGGAAUCAGACUUGCCGCUUGGGCCGCUGCUGCAGCAACCAGCAGCAGCGGCAGCAAAAGGAAUUGCGGCUGGAGGGAGGCCCGCGAAGCGCUGCAGACGCCAGCGCGGCGACAGCCAGAACCCCGAAGCAACAGUGACAGCUGCAGCAGCAGCAACAGCAGCAGGAGCAGCUGCUGCUGUUGCUGCUACUGCUCCAACUCCACGCCACGGAAGCGUCACGCCGGGCCUAAUGGACUUCGACUCGCAGCAGGGAUGCAGGGAUGCUGCAGCAGCAGCACUAAACAUGCGCAAGGCAGCAGCGCAGCUGCAGCUACAGCUGCAGCCGCAGCUGCAGCAGCAGCAGCAGCAACAGCAGCAAGCGGAUGAGGCGGAGGCAGCUGUGGAACCAAAAGACGAACUGCUGAUCGAUCCCUUCGAGGAUACCACGUGCCAGCGGAGGCCGCUGCCUCUUUCUUUGCUGCAGCUGUACAGACACCCGGAGCUUCUGGAGCUACAGGAUUUCAUGCGGGUUUUCGCUGAGUAUUUGCAGCUGCUGCCGCCUUCAAUUGAUGUCCUCGAAGCAGCGGUGCUGCGCCCUGCCUCCGCUGUCUCUGCGCCAGUUGCUGCUGCUGCUGCGCCUGCUGCUGCUGCUAGUGAUACUACAGGGCACAGCUGGAAGAGCGACGAAUUGCGCCUGGGCGCGCGCAUCUAUCGACUCCCAGAGCUGGAGUGCCUGCAGGACCAGCAGCAUCAGCAGCAGCAACAGCAACAGCAACAGGAACCGGAACAGCAACCGGAGCAGCAGCAGAAGUUUGGACCCACAGGUGACACAUUUGAGGCCGAAAGCGCCGCGAUGUUAGAAGACACGUUGAGCAGUGAGGGGGCAGCUGCAGCAAAGGCAGCGGAUGCAGCAGCAGCAGCAGUACCAGCACCGGCGACAGGGGUAGAUGAUGCAACAGCACCAGCAGGGGCACUUGCUGCUGCAGCAGCGGAGGCAGGAGCAACAGAGACAGCAGCAAGUCGGGGCAGUGGAGGAGAGGAGAGCGGGGCAGAAUCCUGCGGCGAAGCAGCAGCAGCAGCGACAGCAGCCGCAGCAGCAACAGCAGCGGCGAAGACCACAGAGGCAACAAAAGAAUGUGAGAAAGAGGAGGCGUCUUGUUCCUCCGAGGAUGAGGAGGGCCAAGAGAGGAGCGAGGCAGCAGCAGCGGAGGCUGCAGCAGCAGCAGCAGCAGCAGAAGCAGCAGCAGCAGCAGCAGCAGUGGCAGCUCAAGACCCGAACGUCUCCGCAACCUGCGCGCAGCAGCUGCCGUUUUUCCUUGGGGAUGCUUUGCUGCUGCGGCUGCUGCAGCUGGGGGUGCUUCAGCUGUCUGAUGCCUUGCCCCGCGUAGCAGCAGCAAGCGGCAGCAGCAGCAGCAGCGCAGCAGCAGCAGCAGCGGAUCCUCUGACUCCCGAAGAGAGUCAGGUUUCGGCUGCUCUUUGGAUAGGCGUCGAUGCUGGAGUCGGGGUGCAGCAGCAGCAGAUACACCUCAGGAGACAGCGCAGACAGCAGAGGCCUCUGGGGCAAGACGGCGCAAACAACUGCACCACAAGCAGCAGCAGCACACGCAGCAGCAGUGAUUGCGAUCCGGCAAAGUCGGCUGCUGCUCCUGCUGCUUGUGCUGCAGCAGCGGCGGCCUUUUAUGCGUGUAUGGCAGGAGAGAGGCCAACUGAGCUGCAGCAGCUGCGCCGUCUAACACCGCAGGAGCACUUGCAGCUACAGCAACAGCAGCUGCUACUGCAGCAGCAGCAGGCGCACCAGCAGCUGCUGGUGCUGCCGUGCAGAGCUCUACGUGCUCUCGAUGGCCUUCCCUUAGAUUUGCGGCUGCUUGACCCCUUAACAGCACCGUUGCUGCUGAAGCGGCUGCUGUUCGAGUGUAUGUACACCCCAGUUAGGAAGUAUAUCGCUCCCCCUAAACUCUCCCAGGCAACUGUUGCUCAUCCAGCAGCAGCGCCAGCAGCAACCGCAGCAGCAACAGCAGCACCAGAGGCGCCUGAUGCUGAUGCUGCUGCUGCUGCUGCGAGCAUGGACGGGUUGCAGAAUGGCGUGCCUGCUGAGCAGCAGCAGCAGCAGCCAGGUGGAGGAGAGCCAGCGCAGCUUUCUGAGGAGCCUUUAGCGUUGGGAGGGGCACCGCUUCCUGCAAAGAAGGAACAGCAGGAGCUGCAGCAGCCACAGGGACAGCAGCAGCAGCAGGAGCAGCAAGAUGAGCAGGAGUUAGCAGCAGCAGAGGCCGUGGGGUCGUACUCCCUCGAGAAGGGUACAGUUAAACAAGAGGAAGUAGCUGCUGCAGCAAGCGAGGCUGCUGCGGACGUUUCUGCAGCAGCAACAACUGCUGCAGAAGCAGCAACUGCUGCAGCAGCAGAAGCUGCUGCAGCAGCAGCAACUGCUGCGGCAGGCGUAACUGUGGACUCUGGUGGAGGGAGUGAUGUUGGUGCAGCACCCGCAGCAGCGCCCGUCGCUCCAAACGGGGUUAGCGACGAUAACCAGUCGCCAGCAGCAGAACCAGCAGCAGCAGAAGUAGCAGCAGCAGAAGCAGUAGCAGCAGAAGGAGCAGCAGCGGGAGGGGCAGCAACAGCCGCUCAACUUCCGGAGGCCGGCGACGCGGUUUCCUCUGUGCUAGCAGACGCUCCGAUGCUGCUGCAGCAGGAGGCACAAACGGCAGCAGACGCAGCAGCAGCAGAAACAGCAGACGCAGCAGCAAUGGAUGUAGAGGAGCCCCCGGGCGGCAGCAGCAGCAACAACAGCAAUAGCCAUAGCAACAGCAACAGAAGCAACAACAGCAGCAGCAGCAGCAACCCCGAGGUCGCGGGGGAGGACGAUGCUUCUGAGGGAAGCAGCAUAGAGGGCGAUCAUGAAGAGGAAGAGGAACAGACAGCAGCUGCAGCAGCAGCAGCAGCAGAAGGAGGCAUCCCUGCUGUGGAGUGGGCCUUCGACUUGAGCCGCUCCGAUAUUUGCGGUGUUGAGGCGUCAACUGUGGACAAACUGCUGCUGGCCCUACAUGCACUGAGGCACGCUGCUGCUGCUGCUGCUGUUGCCUUUACUGGCAUUGCUGCUGUUGCCUUUGCCGCUGCUGCACCUGUUGCACUUGGUAGAGUUGCUUUUGCUGGUGGUGCUGCUGCAGCCUUUGCUCCUGGUGCUGCUGCUGAUGAGCUGAGUGACAACACCAGACGCAGCAGCUUCUGGCUGCUUCCGCGGGAGCUGCGUUGCUUCGUGUUGCAGCAGCUGCAGCGGGUUGUAUCAGACAACUGGCAAGGCAAGUUUGCCAUAGAUGCGAAGCUGGAAGCGCUGGGGCGUGCACGGGUUAACGUGCUGAGGCUUAAAGCAGCAGCAGCAGGUGCUGCUGAAGACGAAUACCUCGCUCCCCCUGGUGCUGCUGCUGCUUCUGCUGCUGCAGACUCCAGGACAGAAAAGGAUGGAGAAGACAAACCCGUAGCUGAAGAGGGGGAAGGAGCAGCAACAGCAGCAAACAAGGAGUUGUCGUCUGCUGCAGCAGCAGCAAUAAAGGACGAAGGCGAGGAGGCGUCUUUCGCUGGAGCAGCAGCAGCAGCUGGAGGAGGAGGAGGAGGGACAGCAGCAGCAGCAGCCGGUGGAGGACGCUCUCAGCGAAGGAAGCCAAUGGGGAGAGUUUCAAAUGCAGAGGCAGAGAGGCUGCAGAGUUGUUUUGUGCUUCGUGCUGAAAUGUUAGGUGAAGACAGAUUUCUUAAUCGUUAUUUUGCAUGCAUGGGGCCCCACGGCGAGGCUUCUCGGGUGUACGUGGAGACCUGCUGCCAGCCAUCUCCCCUCCGGUUGCUGCUGCAGAGAGCGGCAGCAGCUGCUGCUGCCGAAGCGGAAGCAGCAGCAGCACCAUCCGAUGCUGCAGCAAACGGAGAGCACCAGAGAAGCACCUGCUGCAGCGACGCCAAAAUAGAAGUGGAGACUCCGGCAACCUCGGAAAGGCAAAAGCGCACUGCAGACAUUAUCAGCAGCAGCAGCAGCAGCAGCCUCGACAGUGAAGCAUGUAACGGUGGGGUGAGCAGCAGCAGCAUACGUAGCAGUGGCACCGACCAGAGCAACGGUAGCACGAGCAACGACUCCAUCACCAGCAGCAACAGCAGCGACAGCGGCAGCAGCAGCAACAACAACAGCAAUGGUAAUAGCAGCAGUAGCAGCAGCAGCAGUGGGGGGUGCUUGAGGGUGUUUCCUCCAUCAGGGGACUCAGCUGCUCUCUUCAGCUGCUGCAAACUGUCGGCGUGGCCGGUGCGGCGGAGGCCUGUGCGGGUGGAGUCGUUGGCAGCUUUCCUGCAGCUUCUGCAGCAGCAGCAGCAGCAGCGCAGUAUCUGUUGCUUCGUGCCUUCAAACAUUGCUGCUCUCCGUAGCCUCAGGGAGGCGUUGUCUCCUGGAUUGAAGAGAGAGAGAGGACUCAAACUCAACUUAGGUCGCGUGCUAGACACGCUGGAGACGGACCAGCAGCUCUCCCCUACAGACACUGCUGCUAUUAUUCCGCCAUCGUCUCUUGCUGCUGCAGUUUGGUUGGCUUGCAAGCAGCUGCAUGCCCUUAAUUCCUCCCUGUUGCCGCGCUGCUACCCUCUCCUCUGGCAGCAGCAGCAGCAGCAGCAGAUGUCUCCGUGCAUGGCUUUCGCUGGGGCGUUGGCGGUGCUGACGCGAGCUGCAGUGUGCUGCUGCCCCUUCUGGGGAGAAGGACCUUCCUGCUACCAGCAGGAGCUGUCUGCAGAAACAACAGCAGCGGCAGCAGCAGCUAAGCUCAGGAGGCAGCAUCGCAGGCUGUGGAUGGAACAGACUCUCUUCUUGGCCGUGCUGGUACAGCUGCUGCUCUACGUGGAGGCGUUAGUAGAGGCGGCGGGGUCGGUGCAUGCAGAGAGUUGGGUGUAUAGACGUCAUAUCUGGCAGCAGGAGCUGCAGCAGCUGUCGUUGCAGCUGCCUGUCCUCCUGCCUACCCCAGGGCAGCAGCAAGACUUGCCGCCAGAGGCUUUGAACCCUGCUGCUGCUGCUGCUGCUGAGGCGUCGGAGGAGUGCCCAGCAGCAACAGCAGCAGCACAUCCAAAAACGGGCGGGGUGCGGAGACACCCGAGGCUGCUGCAUGAAGAUUUAGAAGCAGCACUGACGCUCAAACGCUGCAGCGACACAGCACACAGGAUGGGGGAGGAUCCUGAAGAUGGCCUCGCUGCUGCUGCUGCUGCCGCUGCUGCUUGCGGCGCCGCUGGUGACGGGGAAGAGGUUGCUGCAGGAGUAGCGGCAGACAAUCCUGCUGCUGACGUUGGUGAUUCUGCUGCUUGUGUUGCUGCUUCUGCUGGAGAUGCAGCAGAUCAGAUGGAGGCCUUGCCGCCUGUGGCUGGUCUCUGUUCGGUCUCUCGAGACAGCAUCGAUGCUGCAGUUGCUGCUGCUGCUGCUGCUGGCGACGCGGCGGCCGCAGCAGCAGCAGCAGCAGCAGCAGCUGGCGAAGACCCCGAGGAAGCAGCAGCAGCAAGCCGUUUUGCUUCGCUGCUACGGUGUAUGUGCUGCGGGUUUGGCUGGGCGGAACAGGCAGUGCUACAGCUGCUAGAAGCCACAUAUGACUUUCUGUUCACCUCUGGAGUAGCCGCCUCAGCCGGCAGCAGCAGCGGCAGCAGCAGCAGCAGCAGCAGCAGCAGUUCAUUUGAGGAGCAGCAGUGGCAAGAGGUGCGUCGCCGCCUUGACUUGCUGCAGGUGUGGGGCCUCUACUUGAAUGUAUGGAAGGCAACAGGCAUCAGCUGCCAGCGACUUACAGACCUUUACGCUCCCAUAUCCAGAGAUGCCUUCGAGCAGCUGUUGGCGUCGGACGAGCAGCGGCAGGAAAUUCCACGGGAAGGCGAGCGUCUCUUCUUUUUCAGGAAGGGACACACGGAACUAGUAGAGACCCUGAGACAGGAACAGGCAGCAGGCUCCUGCAGCUACGAACAGACUUGCUGCAGUUUGCGUGCACCUGAGACGUUGGGGUGGAUUGAAGAGCUGUACGUACACUCCAUUGAGUUCUUUGGGGGCUUCUCAGGCUUGUUGCCCCCGGCGCUGCAGGUUCAGCCUCCCCUCGCAUCGGCAGCAGCGGCAGCAGCAGCAGCUGCAGCUGCUGCGGCUACUGCUGCGGGGUCCCCUGCUGCCACUAAUGCUGCUGCUGCUGCUGCUGCACUACAGCACAACGCGCUCCAGGCGAUGCCUGGGGGCUGCGCUGAGGCAGCAGACUUUGGUUUAGUUCCUUCCCUUUUUUCUUUUUCUCUUGAAGAAGACCCCGUUGUCCUAGGACUCGUCAAACCGCCCUCAGCACAGCAGCAGCAGCAACUGCAGCAGCAAGCAGCACUGGCUACUGCAACGAAUGCUGGGGAACCUGCGGCUGCUGAGCGGUCGACGCUGCAGCUUGAGGGCUCGCAGUGCCCAGAUGCAACAGCAGCAGCAGCAGCAGCAACAGCAGCAGCUACUGCUGCAGCAGCUGCUACUGCUGCAGCAGCAGCAACUCCACCCGCCGCUUCCAGCCCGGGAGGGGCGUCAACUCCAGCUGCCUGGCGCAGCAGAAGCCGAGCUGAGCUGCAUGCGCCUGAGGGACUCGUCUCGAAGGCAUUUGAAGAUUUUCUGCUGCAGGCUGAUCCGCUGCGGCUGGCCGAGAAGAGUGGUACUGCUGCCCAGGUGUAUCUGCAGCAGCAGCUGCAGCUGCAGCAGCUGCUGCAGCAGCAGCAACAGCUUACUCAGCAGGCGCCUGAUGCUGUUGGGGCAGGAGUUCUUGAUGCGUCUCUUUGCCCACACUAUCGUCUUGUCUGUUCUGUAGCAACUCGAAGGCAUGAAGCAGCAGCAGAUGCUGUCGUUGAGGGCCUGGAGGGUCUUGCUGCUGCUGCUGCAGUUGCUGCCAGCGAAGGCCGGGUAACGCGACAUUCCUCACGAUUCGGUAGGGCCUUCCCCGGGGGUGGCAGCAGCAAACCAACAGCAGGAGCAGCAGCAGCACCAGCAGGAGACACACAGCAACAGCAGCAGCGGCAGGCUGAUGUCCUCAGCGGAGCAGACGGGUGUGUUUCUGGCAACGCAGAGUGUGCUUCAACAACAGCAGCAGCAGCAGAGGAAGUAAAUGAACUUCCAGUAGCUGCUAGGGGGAAGCAGCAGAAACUGCGGUUUGUCGUUUUGAGUAUCCCGCUGCUGCCCAAGGGCCGUACAUUUGUCAUCCGGUGCAGCAAAGUGUUGCAGGCGUUGGAGGUAGGCUGGGCCCCUGGCAUGCGUUUCCGCAUGCAGCUGGGCUGCUGCGCUGCUGCUGCUGCUGCUGCUGCUGCUGCAGUGCCCCUGCCGCCUGUACCGCGCGGCCUCGGGUUCGCACCAUUGGAUGUGGCGCUGCAGCAGCAACAGCAGCAGCAACAACAGCAGCGGCUGUCUGGCAUUAUCCGCAGAAUCGAUGCCACAGCUGCUGGCGUGUGGGGCGGGGUAUUUGUUGAAUGGGAAGAGAGACGGGUUGCGCGGCCCGGCGAAGCAGCAGCAGCAGCUGCAGCAGCAGCAGCUGCUGCUGCAGGCGGAAACACGUGUGUCUGUCUUUGGGAACUGGAGCCUCUGAAACGCCUCAAAAGGGCUGGUCAACUGUAG